GGGGAACAAAGUUGAUAACACGAGCAGCAUUAUCACGCGGUUGUGCUUUAGAGAGAGAAGAAACUCUUAACUGGUUCAGUGGUUGAGAAACUUGCGGGCUGUGCUGUGUUACUCACUGUUUUAGUUCCACUGUCUUCUAUUUCAUUAAACGGUGCCACACGUUUGCAGAAUGGAGAGCAGUUGCAGACAAAGAUCUUUGUUUGAAAACCAGAUCAACUCAAUGUUGGUUACCAGUAGCUCCUCGUCUGAUGAGUCUGAUGUAUCUUUGAACUCCUCUGACAUUGACUACCAGUCUUAUGAUCAUGGAAGGUCUUCCUCGGAGGAGAUAGAGACACGUGUUUAUAAUCAUGGAAGGUCAUCCUCGGAGGGGGAGACGACAUAUGACUCCAGGCCUAGUACGUCUCGUGGCACCUUAAGCCCAGCGAAACGGGCACGAAGCACAGCACAGCCAACUUGGAAUAAUUCAACAAGUGGUAAUUGGAAAAAUUCAACAAGUGCUUCUCCCGUAUACAGUUCGUCGCCAAGCCCCUCCAGCAUGCCACGGAGGCACAGAAUAACAAGUGCUACAGAUCGCGAGCGCAUUAUCGAGGCCUACAGAGCAGAACAAGAUUUCCUCGUAGUUGCAGCAGCCCUUGGAGUUCAGCGCACCACGGCAUACUCCAUUGUGCGAGUAUACCAACGCGAAAACAGGGUUGAAGCUGCUCACGCAGGAGGCAGACACAAGAUCAUCGACAAUGAAACUCUGGAUCUAAUAGUGAUGCUGCUUGAAGCAAACCCUAUGAUGACCUUGAGAGAGAUAAAGGAGGAGGUCAUGGAUAUAUUUCCUACAAAACCACAUUUCAGUGAGGUAACGCUUUCGCGUUAUUUGGAGGGGGAGCUGAUAUCACUGAAAAUGUCCCGUGACUCCCCAGCAGAAAGAAAUUCUCCCGCAGUAAAGGAGGCGAGACACGCGUACGCUACGUGGAUGCUGGCGACGGGUCUACAGCAGCAACUAGUAUACAUUGAUGAGACAGGGUUCAAUCUGUGGACCAAGAGGACGUACAGCAGGGCAAGACGCGGGGAGCGUGUGCAUCGCACCGUUGGUGGACAGCGUGGCAGAAACACGACAGUGAUUGCUGCGAUAGCUGAACACUGUGGAAUACUCUAUCACGAAAUUCACUAUGGUUCAGUGACGAAGGAAGUAUUCAGUGAUUUCAUCGCAUCACUUGCAGCAAUAAUCGGAGACGCAAGAUCCAUACUUGUUCUAGACAACGCUCCAAUUCACAACGGUAUCGCAGCAGUCUAUCCCGAGCUGAAUUUUAAAUUUCUCCCUCCAUACUCUCCUUGCUUGAACCCCAUAGAAAACUGUUUCUCUGUGUUUAAAUCAUACCUGAAGCGAUACCUCCACCGUGAAGCUCCACGGUGCAACGCGGCCCACGCCAGGCAAGAAGGAGUGACUCUCAAUGCACUGAGGGAGAACAUUUUGCAAGUUGGCGUGGAAUUUGCACUGCCUAGUGUCACAGAACAUAUUGUGUCGCAGAACUAUAACCAUGUCAACACCUACUUGGUUCAAUGUAUUGAGCGCCGAGACAUCUUCAAUUGAUAUACAGUAGGUCUACAGUAAUAGAGUAUAACCUACUGCCUUACCGUUUGUUCCACUUGAAACAAUUCACAACAAAAACCUUCUAUACACUCAUGGGUUCUUUUUUACCUGACAGGUUACUAUUCGUGAGGCAGAGGAGGAAGGCAAGUCAACGGGAUGCUGAUAUGACACUCCUCUCCCCAAUCCCACUACCCCUCCCACCCUCACCUACCUCCAUCCCUACCUUACUGCCAGGCAGAAACAACCCACCAAGGUGUACGAGGCCUUUACUGUGAAUUGCUUCGUGGAAGUAUCAUGACACCAAUGUAUUUAGCUAUUAGUAUAAGGCCCUUUUUUCUUUGUUUCUUUUUAAGCAAUCGUAUGUUUUAUGUAGCUACUAAAGACUAAAGACAUUACAUAUGUAAUUCAUUGUGUUGUUGAUGUUUGUGUAAGUAUACUCAAAAAUUAAAUAUUCAUGGCUGUU